UUGUUGUAUUAUGCGGUAUGCUAGUAAUAUGGCGCCGUCCAGUAUGUCGAUUUUUACAUGUGUAUUUUUAACGAUUAUAGGAACAUGUUCUGCAAUUGAAUCAGAUAUUUUUAGUGAAGAAUUAAUUAUUAAACCUCUUCCGAGUGGGCACGUGUAUGCAUAUUUCCAGUUUCCUAUUAGAUGGAAUGUGGAUUUGGAUCAAAAUGAUGCGCUCCGUCAUUUUCGUUUGUUUCCGAGAUCCAUUGGACAGAUUGUCACGAAACACCGGGUUCAAGAAUUACACUUAAGUUUAACUCAAGGGAGAUGGAGACACAAAAAAUGGGGAUAUCCAUUGAAAGAUGCACCACCUGGAGCUGAGCUUUGGGCAUGGUUUAGACAUGACACUUUAGAGUAA